AUGACUGACGUUCGAGAUUCUCGAUUUAACCUUGUUGACUUGGCGGGAAGCGAGCGACAGUCGCUAGCCCAAACGUCCGGUGCCAGGCUCCGAGAGGCUGGAGCGAUCAACAAAUCGUUACUUGCCUUAGCCAAUGUGAUGAAUGGCCUUGUUGCAACAAAUGUCAACUAUUCGGCCAUACCAGGCUCAAAAAGACAGCAUAUAUCAUAUCGGGACUCCAAGUUGACAUUCCUUUUGAAAGAUUCGCUUGGAGGAAACGCCAAAACCCUGAUAAUUACCAAUGUGUCGCCAUCUCUUUCUGCGUAUGCAGAGAUCAUAUCUAGCCUGAGGUUUGCCCAACGUGCAAAACUUGUAAAAAACACUGCCAUCGUCAAUAAGGAUAUUCUCGGAAACGUCGGCGCUCUUCAAGCAGAGAUUUGCAGGCUAAAGGAUGCACUUUUAGGGAAGCAGUCCACCAGCAUGGCCAUCGGAAGCGAUGGACCCAAUUCGAGAGACUUUUCUAGCAUCGUCAAGCUUGGGGCAGAACUCAAGAGCCUCAAAUUGAGGUUGGAAAUGACGGAAGACCUCCUUUCUAAGAAAGACCAGCAGCUUCAAAGUGAACGGAUGAUUAUCAAAUUCAGAGAGUCCGAAAUCUCUGCCUUGAAAAAAGGCGGUUCAAGCCCAGAAUCGGACAUCGUUUCGCGCCUUGAGGCAGAAGUGUUGGAGUACCAGCGUAUGCAGAAAAUGAAUCCUGAAAUAUCUAGGCUCAUUUAUGAAAAUUCUCAAUUGACGGCUCGCAUCCAAUCGCUAGAGGCAUUUUCUUUGGGACUCGAUCAAUAUUUGGCAAGGGAACAAGAAAAUUCUGCUGCUGCAAUAGAGGCUGCAGAAAAUGUUCUGAGACGGCAAAGCACAGCAAAGGAAUAUCCGAUGCAGAUUGACGACCAUGCCAGUGAGCAAAACGAUAAAAUAGAAAACCUUCAGAUCCAAAAUCAAAUGCUGAGAGAUGAGAUUGACUCGAUACGUGCGUCGAAUGGCUCUUCUGAAGACUUUGAAGAGCUUCAGACCGAACUUGGCAUUAAGGAAAUGGAAAUACAAAGGCUCGAAGCCCUUUUAUCUUCGUUUACGGACAACAAAGUGGUUUCCAUUAAACGGCUAGCAAGCUCUUCAGAAGAUCUUCCCGAGGAGUCUCUUUGCCCAAAAUUUGGCAAAGACGAAAGCAGUACUUUGGCAAUGGAAGCUAUCUCGACGUUAACUGCAUCUCUUGAAAAGGCAGAGAAAAAGGCAUCUGACGCCAUUGCGGAAAAGGAAAAGCUGCUAGCCUCUUGUGCCUUGCUUGAAGACCAAUUGUCCGCUUUGAGGAUAUCCAAUGCAUCAUUGGAGGAUGAAAAUUGCAAGUUAAAGGUGGCUCUGUCAAGUGCUCACCAAUCGAUUUCCACAAUCGAGGCAAGAGUAUCCGCUGCAGAAACUUCCAGACUUGCAUCUUUGGACAGAUGUUCGAUGUUGGAAGAGAAGCUUUUCAAUUCAGAGGCCAGGCUUGGCACGUGUUGCGUAAAAAUAUCCACCCUUGAGGAGUCGGUGGAGAGCAUCUCUGGCCACUUGGCGUGUGCCAAGUCGGAAUUGAGAUUGAGCGAAGAUGAAAAUGUGGAGCUAAAAACCAAGCUUCAGCUAUCUAUUGAGCAGAUCAACCAUAUUAGUUCGCAUUCAAAAAGACUUGAAGAGGCAUUGGGUGAAAAGGACGUCGCGAUGAAGCAAUUAGAGUCCACCCUUCUGGCUUGCACUGAAAAGCUAAAAGCUCGGGAAGCUGCGAUUUCCGAUCACCAGUUGAGACUUUCAGAGUGUAGCGUGCAAAUCGAAGAGGCCAAUCGUUCCAUUUGUUUGUUCAAAGAAGACAUAUCGGCGCUUAGCGAAAGAAAUGCAGCUUUGCACCAGGAAUUGCGGGGUGCCAACUUGAGACUUGAUACGGAAGUGAAAAGGUCCUUCGAGCUAUCUGGUCUGCUUGAGUCUGCGAAAAAAUCAAUUGACCACAAAAAGGAGGAGCUAUCAGAUCUGGGCAAGAUUUGUGAAAAGUCCUCCAAAGACCUGGCCAUUGUCAAAGCUUCGUUGGAAGAUGUGGAGUUCAAGUUUCAAAAUGCCGUUAGCCAACUCAAUGAGGUUUGCAAAGAAAAGGACCAAUAUACCAAAGACAUCGGGGCUCUUUCUUUGAAAAUAUCCGAGUUGAGUGCAAAAAACGACUCCCUAUCAUCUGAGAGAGAUCUUUUCAAAAGCAGGGCUCUUGUUUUGGAAGAAGAAAAAACCGCUAGCAUGGAAGCCCAUCAAGUGGCAUCAGGGCUACUUGAUACAGCCAACGCAAAAAUUGACCAUUUUUCGGUAGCCUUGGAAAAUGCCAACAACGUAUUGCUGAUGGGCAGUUUUUAA